UCUUUUUACCGCCAGCCGCGCGGCGCCUCCUCCUCGCUCCUGAGUCACCGCCAGCCCCGGCCCGCGCAGGGUUUGAAAUCUGGGAGAAUGGCAGACAUAGACAACAAAGAACAGUCUGAACUUGAUCAACAGGAUAUGGAGGAUGUUGAAGAAGUAGAAGAAGAAGAAACUGGUGAAGAUGCCAACAGCAAAGCUCGGCAGUUGACUGUGCAGAUGAUGCAAAAUCCUCAGAUUCUUGCAGCCCUUCAGGAAAGACUUGAUGGUCUAGUAGGAACGUCUACAGGAUAUAUAGAAAGCUUGCCUAAAGUUGUUAAAAGACGUGUGAAUGCUCUCAAGAACCUUCAAGUUCAGUGUGCACAGAUAGAAGCAAAGUUCUACGAGGAAGUUCAUGAGCUGGAAAGAAAGUAUGCUGCUCUCUAUCAGCCCUUAUUUGACAAGCGAAGUGAAAUCAUCAAUGCAAUUUAUGAACCUACAGAGGAAGAAUGUGAAUGGAAAGCAGAUGUCGAAGAAGAAAUUUCAGAGGAAAUGAAAGAGAAAGCCAAGCUUGAAGAGGAAAAAAAAGAUGAAGAAAAAGAAGACCCUAAAGGAAUUCCUGAGUUUUGGCUGACAGUAUUCAAGAACGUGGACUUGCUCAGUGAUAUGGUUCAGGAACAUGAUGAACCUAUCCUGAAACACUUAAAAGAUAUAAAAGUGAAAUUUUCAGAAGUUGGACAGCCUAUGAGUUUCACAUUAGAAUUUCAUUUUGAACCAAAUGACUACUUCACAAAUGAAGUGUUGACAAAGACGUAUAGAAUGAGGUCAGAGCCAGAUGAUUCUGAUCCCUUCUCCUUUGAUGGACCGGAAAUCAUGGGUUGUACAGGUUGCCAAAUAGACUGGAAAAAAGGAAAGAAUGUUACUUUGAAAACCAUUAAGAAGAAGCAGAAACAUAAGGGUCGCGGAACAGUUAGAACAGUGACAAAAACUGUUUCCAAUGACUCUUUCUUCAACUUCUUUAGUCCUCCUGAAGUUCCUGAAAGUGGAGACCUGGAUGAUGAUGCUGAGGCAAUCCUUGCUGCAGACUUUGAAAUAGGUCAUUUCUUGCGUGAACGUAUAGUCCCCCGAUCAGUAUUGUACUUCACAGGAGAAGCUAUUGAAGAUGAUGAUGAUGAUUAUGAUGAAGAAGGUGAAGAGGCAGAUGAUGAGGAGGGGGAAGAAGAAGCAGAUGAAGAAAAUGAUCCUGAUUAUGACCCAAAAAAGGAUCAAAACCCAGCAGAAUGCAAGCAGCAGUGAAGCAGUGUGUAUGUGGCCUUGAGGAUUACCUGCACUGUAAUAGCCUAAACACAACUAUUAGUUACUUACAGCCUUAUGUUUUGUAUCUUGGUAGAAUUAAGUAACCAAUUUGUUAAAAAAAGAAAUCAAACACAUAAGAACCAGUUUAAAAUGUAGGUUCAAUCUACCUAGCAUUUUAACAGUAUAAUUUUCUGCCAAUAUGUAGAAUGCAGUAAAUCCCCUAAAGCAUGAAUGUUAAUUCAUUGCUACAUAGUUUGGUUCUUGUGAAGUCUUUGUCAUGUAGCUAUUAGACUGCAGCUGUAAAGAUUAUCAGAACUGUUAACUGAGACCAAUAUUUGUUUAGAGAACUCUCUCCUGAAGAACCAACCAAAGUAUUUUUCAGCCCAGUAGUCUGAACGGGUUUAAGUCUGCUUGCACUAGCUGUGCCUUCAUUACUUUGUUAUAGAAAUGGCAGUGACUUGUACUAACUAGGAGAUGAUGAUGCAUUUUGAAUUUGACUACUUGAGAAGACUAUAACUUGUUUAAUUUCCAACAAGACCACAUUAAACAUUCAUAACUGUCAGCUUGUUUAUGCUAUGGGUUUUGUAUUUUAUGUGACAUAGUGAUCUACAAAAGAAACCUAGUCAUCAUAUUAAGGUUAUUGUUUACCACCGGGGUGUGAAUAAAACCUAGUAUUUUCAGAAGCUAGUCUUGUUUUAUUAUCAU